CCAACCUUUAGGGCUUGAUACGGCCCGAUUACUGUUAACCUCAUGUCAUGUCGAGCAGUAUUCAGACUUAAUACCAUUAGCUGUAAGCAACACACGCUGUUUUGAGAUAAAAACAACAGGACCUGUCAUUAGCCCCCCUCGUACCACACGCCCCUACCUAUAUGUGCCAUGUCUGAUUGCGCCAACUCUCAUAAUAAUACCCGACACCCAAUAUUAUGCGGCUGCAACACUUCGUCGCGUACACCAAGAAGUUACUUUUGUAUCCUUUAUUUAAUAAGACUUCUUCUUGAAUGAUAUCAUCUCCCCCCUCACUACCUAUUGGGAGCCACCUCUCUCUUCCGCAGCAAAGGGAUAUUGCGUUUAGAUUCCAAGAAAAUCGCAGUGGGGCAAACAUCUGUUGGUCUUGAAGAUCAUUCUAGGACAGGAAGGGGCUGGAGCAUCAUGUCUUUAUCGCUCUUCCAGAGUUGUUAUUUAUGUCCCUAGAUGUCUAUAGUCCCAUGUCUGAUCCAGGCAACAAGAAAAACCAGCCCCACAGAUAAUCUAACAUUUGGGCUGUUAGUACCAGCGGGGAGCGUCGGCGUUCAAGAAGAAAGUAAACGGGCUGACGACUUUGGGUCGGCUAGCGAUAGCGUAGCGAAAGAGAUGAAUAGGCAUAGAGCUGAAAAGGGUGGUAUGAAGAAUGUGUCAGCAGGCAAGCGGAGGACAGAGAAAGCGAGACCAGGAAGAUUUCGAACACCCAUGUCACCCACGAGUUGAACCAUACGCCUACAAAAGGAGUAGCUACUAUAUCUAUAUUUCUCUAGUAACUGCUGCUAUAUCUACAUGCUUCUAGUAACUGCUAUUAUAUUUAUAUAAUGAAGUUCGAGUGCUGGCUAAAUAGAUGUUCUACGAG